AUGACAUGUGUGAAUAAGUCUUUCGUAUUCAACAACCACGACCGUUUCUCUUCAACGGUGGCCUUCUGCUUCCUACAUCCAUUGUCGCCUUACACUCUUUUCAAUCUCUCUCUCUCUCUCUCUCUCUCUAUUUUCUCUUUGUCUUUUUUUCAUCUUUUGUUUAUCGUUUUUGUCUAUCUCUCUCUCUCUCUCUCUCUCUCUCUCUCUAUUUUCUCAUACUUUUUUUUCACUUUCUUUCUUUUUCCGCAUUCUUCCUCUUUUUUUACCAACUUUUUUCCCGCUCGAUCAGCGAAGUUAAGCAACGUCAAGUCGAAGGUUAAUAUGCCUCUAAAAAAAACAAAAAUCCUAACUCUCUCUCUUUUUCCCUCUCUUUUUUCCCUCUCUCUCUCUUUUGUUCUUUUCUAUAUUAAUUUCUCUCUUUCUUUUUCCCCCUCUCUCUUUCUUUUCGCCCCUUUCUAUCUUUUCUUCAAUUUCUCUCUCUCUUUCUUCCCUCUCUCUUUCUUUUCCUCCCUUUCUGUCUUUCCUUCAAUUUCUCGCUUUCUUUUUCCCCUCUCUCUUUCUUUUCCUCCCUUUCUAUCUUUUCUUCAAUUUCUCUUUCUUUUUCCCCUCUCUCUUUCUUUUCCUCCCUUUCUAUCUUUUCUUCAAUUUCUCUCUUUCUUUUUCACUCCCUCUUUCUUUUUGUCCCUUUCUAUCUUUUCUUCAAUUUCUCUUUCUUUUUCCCCUCUCUCUUUCUUUUUGUCCCUUUCUAUCUUUUCUUCAAUUUCUCUCUCUCUUUCUUCCCUCUCUCUUUCUUUUCCUCCCUUUCUAUCUUUUCUUCAAUUUCUCUUUCUUUUUCCCCUCUCUCUUUCUUUUCCUCCCUUUCUAUCUUUUCUUCAAUUUCUCUCUUUCUUUUUCACUCCCUCUUUCUUUUUGUCCCUUUCUAUCUUUUCUUCAAUUUCUCUUUCUUUUUCCCCUCUCUCUUUCUUUUUGUCCCUUUCUAUCUUUUCUUCAAUUUCUCUUUCUUUUUCCCUCUCUCUUUCUUUUCCUCCCUUUCUAUCUUUUCUUCAAUUUCUCUUUCUUUUCCCCCUCUCUCUUUCUUUUUGUCCCUUUCUAUCUUUUCUUCAAUUUCUCUUUCUUUUUCCCCUCUCUCUUUCUUUUCGCCCCUUUCUAUCUUUUCUUCAAUUUCUCUCUUUCUUUUUUCACUCCCUCUUUCUUUUUGUCUCUUUCUCUCUAUAUAUAUCGCUCUACAGAUAUCUCUUAUUUCUCCUCUGCCUUUCUUUCUCAGCCUUUAUACCUUUUUCCGCAAUUUUUCAAUUUCAUACUUCCCCUCCAUCUUUCUCUUUCUCUCACACCUUCUCUCUCCCUCUAUCUCCCUCCCUCGCCCUUUCGCUUUCUGUUUCCCUCGCUUUCACCCAUUCUCUCUCUUCCCCCUCCUCUCUCUCUCUCUGA